AUGAUUCUUUUUUGCUCUAGUUUAUUCGAACGCCAUCCAGAAAUCAAACAUUUAUGGAAAUUCAGCAAAUAUCUAACUGUACAAGAUGUUCACGAUGAAUAUGGCGAAGUCAUAUCGAAAGCAGAUCAUAUGUGGAAAAAGCAACUCCGUGAUCAUGGAGAAAAAUUAUUUGGUGCACUCAAUUAUGUUAUUAACAAUUUACAAGCACCGGAUAAAUAUCAAUCAUUUUUAUACGAAUUAGGAAAAAAACACUUUUUAUAUGGUGCGAGAAAAAAUUUAUUACCGGUUCGUAUUCUGUUUAGAAUGGUAUUCUAA